AAGGCUGGAGUGCGCGUCUUCUGACGCCUCCAUCCUCUCUGCUGUUUCUGUCCUACCAACCCACCUCUCAGGCGGCCGAGUCAAGAGGACGUUGUCCCCUGAGGGACAUCUGAAGAGCUUCUCUCUUGGUGGCCAUGGCUCUCCAUCUCGCUCGACUGGCGGUCUGGGAUUAAGCAUGGAGCGGCAGCGAGGACCCGGCACCUAAACUGCUCUGGUGCCAGGUCCCUGGUGGCCUCAGAGGGAGAGGGCAGAACAAGCGCAGGAGAGGAAGACUCUCGUGUGGGUGUCUAGAUGUGGCAAAAGCUUCUUGCCUGCGACCCCCGUGGUACAUCUCGGCCUUCCGAUUCAUCCCUCUGCUACUGAAUAAAAACACCAGCCAAGGGGACCCCUUGCAAAGCCAGUCAACAGGUAGAGGCUGCUGAUGCGUGGAGGUUCGUUGCUAGUCUGGGGCAAGAAAGAAGAACUAGUCUAUGGAGGAGGCUUUGCAUGGACUUCAUCCGAUUUCUACGUAUACAGUGAUGGUACCCGUGAGAAGAGAUGCUCAGAUGCCCAGCCUGCUUGGCCGCAGGUGAGCAGGAGGAGGUGGAGCUGCUGGUCUCCGUGUGCCGUGACCCCGAGGUUCCCGCGCAGUCUCUAAGCGGCUCGCUCAGACAUCCACGGGGAAGGCCCGGAACACGAUGAACAAAUUGAACUUCCACAAUAACAGAGUCAUGCAGGACCGACGCAGCGUGUGUGUUUUCCUCCCCAACGACCAUUCCCUCAACAUCAUCAUAAACGUAAAAAUAUUGUGCCAUGAGUUACUGGUCCAGGUGUGUGACCUCUUGCGGCUGAAGGACUGUCACCUCUUCGGACUCAGCGUCAUUCAGAACAACGAGCACGUCUAUAUGGAGCUGUCCCAAAAGCUCUGCAAGUACUGUCCGAAAGAGUGGAAGAAAGAAGCCAGUAAGGGUAUAGACCAGUUUGGCCCCCCCAUGAUCAUUCACUUCCGAGUCCAGUAUUACGUGGAAAACGGCCGGCUGAUCAGCGACCGAACCGCCCGCUACUAUUAUUACUGGCACCUGAGGAAGCAAGUCCUCCGUUCGCAGAGCCUCCUUCGCGAGGAGGCCUAUUUCCUGCUGGCAGCCUUCGCCCUGCAAGCCGACCUGGGCAACUUCAAAAGGAACAAGCACUACGGGAAAUACUUUGAACCCGAAGCCUACUUCCCCGCCUGGGUGGUGGCAAAGAGAGGGAAGGACUACAUCCUGAAGCACAUUCCCAUCAUGCACAAGGACCAGUGCGCCCUGACGGCCUCCGAGGCCCAUCUGAAGUACAUCAAGGAAGCUGUCCGCCUCGAUGACGUGGCCGUGCAUUAUUAUAGAUUGUAUAAGGACAAGAAGGAAAUCGAGGCCUCCCUCACUCUAGGGCUUACCACUCGAGGCAUCCAGAUAUUCCAGAAUGUCAACAGUGAAAGGCAGUUGCUUUAUGACUUCCCUUGGACGAACGUGGGGAAACUCGUGUUUGUGGGCAAGAGGUUCGAGAUCCUGCCCGACGGCUUGCCCUCUGCCCGCAAACUCACCUACUACACCGCCUGCCCCUUGCGCUCGCGGCACCUCCUGCAGCUCCUGAGCAACAGCCACCGCCUCUAUAUGAACCUGCAGCCCGUCCUGCGGCAGAUCAGGAAGCUGGAGGAGAGCGAAGAGAAGAAACAGUACCGCGAGUCCUAUAUCAGCGACCUGGAAAUGGACCAGAUGGAGAAGCGUUCCCGCGCGAGCGGCAGCAGCUCCGGGAGCAUGAAGCACAAGUGCCUCUCCCGCCUCUCGACCGCCAGCCACAGCAGUUCGCACACGUCGGGAAUCGAGGCUGACCCCAAGCCCAGGGGUGAGCAGGGGGGCGAGGAGGACUUCCUGCUGCCCUCCGCCCACCACAAACUGAGGGCCUGCAGCUCCCUGACCAGCCACGGCAGCUCCCACACUUCGGGCGUGGAGAGCAGCGAGAAGGAGCGUCUGGAGGAAGAAGACUCCUCCCAGGAUGACGAAAUAGAGAUGCUGGUUGAUGACCCCCGAGACCUGGAGCCCACGAGCGAAAGGUCCCUGGACGACGUGAGUCCCGACGUCUGCAUUUACAUCACCGAAGACAUGCUCAUGGCCAGGAAGUUCAACGGACACUCAGGAUUAGUCGUCAAAGAAGUCAGUUCGUCCACUUCCAGCUCUUCGGAGACCGUGGUCAAGCUUCGUGGCCAAAGCAUUGAUUCAUUGCCCCAGACGGCCUGCCGGAAGCCAAAGACCUCCACUGACCGGCACAGCUUGAGCCUGGAUGACAUCCGGCUCUACCAAAAGGACUUCCUUCGACUGGCCAGCCUCUGCCAAGAGACAGCCCAGAGCUACACCUUCGGCUGUGGCCACGGACUGGCCGAAGAGGGUCUCUACUGCAACGGCUGCUUGGCUCAGCAAUGCAUCAACAUUCACGACGCUUUCCCCGUCAAGAGGACCAGCAAGUACUUCUCUCUGGAUCUUGCCCACGAAGAAGUCCCAGAGUUUGUCGUCUGACGCUGCCUCUUCAGAAACGCCUCCGGAGCUGGGUACUCGGGAGGGAGUUUGACCCAAGAAAGAGGACCACGGAUUGCCUGGAUUAUUUCUGGUGCCAUAGCAGGGGUAUAUAGAGAGAUAUAUUCCCCGUCAAGAUCUCUUCUCGGAUACUACACAGAUCCUGUGUGUUGCACUUUGACAAAAAUGUGCCUGUCCCAAAGACGGUUUCUUUCCGAAUCGAUGUCCGUGGUGGGAUUUGCUCUGGAAACACGGCGGUCUUCUGUUCUCGGAAAAGGGGAGGCCAGCCUUGAGCACUUGUUGCGCUCUCUCGUUUUGACAAGAAAAAAACGAUGCACAAAGAUUGGCUUUUUAAUUUUAUUUGCCUCAUGUGAGCCCCCGUCUUUCUUCCGCGCUUCAGGUGGCCCUGGCUUCUUCCUGCAUCACAUUUUGCAGCUUUCUUCGGGUCGGCUGUCGUGGCAUCAAUGCUGAAAGCGAGGACAUUGGUCUCUGUAGUCUUCUUUCUCCCCCCCCCCAACCCUUUUUACUUCCUGCACUGUGUCAAGCCAAAGAAAUGCACACGUCCCAAACGGGAAGCCAUCGAGACCGUAGGUGUGAGCAAUAACUGACCAAAGGGACUUUGUCCUCCUUCGGUCCAGAGGCCUGGGGGAGGGCGGCAAGUGUGUCGCGAUGCAGUCGGGCCACCUCGCCAUUUUCCUGUUCUUCCCCACCAAAAGGAAAAGGACUGCAGUGACAUCAUCUUCCAUCUGAUAUUUUGUGUUGUUUACAAAAGAAAAAGGGGAAGAACAAAAACAGGCCUAAAAACCGAUGUUCAGAAAAGUGGGAUUUUGAAAGCUGCUGGAAGCGUUUUCAAUUGAGGUGGAAACAACCUCACGAACAGAUAAUCUGUCAGGAUGUAGCAAUAAGGUUUGCUGACCAAAGUACCUUAAAUUUGAGAGAGAGAGAGAAAGAGAGAGAGAAAGAUUAUAUAAAAAAAUGCGUAUAUAAGUAUAGAGAGGAGUAUUUGUUUAUUGUAUGCUUCAACUUGCAGCUCUCCCGUUUUACGUUUUGUUUUUCUGUUUUAAAUGCCUUUUGUAGAAAACGUUAACUACCCCCAAACCACCCCAUGUUACAUAUAUAGACAAUCUCAUAAGCUCUACUUACACACAGGGAAGAAAACUUGCUCCCCUUUUCUUUUUGCUGUCAAGGGAGGGGGGGUGUUAUUGCUGCAUCGUAAGCAUGGCUUCUUCCUCACCCCCAUAAUAUAUCUUUGCUGUUUUCUUUGUUGAACUGGGUCUUUUGUGUAUCCUGAGAUGCUCCCCUCUGCCAUCCUCUGACCACAGGCUCCUUAGGAGAAUAGUUUUGCCCCCUUACCUUUAGGGUCUCUCCACUCAGCAGAGCUCUUUUCUAAAACAAACACGCCAAAUACUUUACAAAUACAGUAACAUUUGUGGGCAGCAAACGCAUUUUUGACCGGACCUCCUAUGUGCAGCUACUGCAAGAUUGCAUCUUACGUGAGUUGAGCUUGCACGAUUUCGACCAUACGCGGUCGGAGGCAGACCGGUUGGAAUCGUGCAACUGAACUCCAGACGAGGUAGAGAUCUUUAAAGAGCUCCUACGUUCUCCGCCUUGCUUGAGGGCGCCGCCUCGGGGAUGCUCGUGCAAGAUCUCGCAGGGCCAUUUGGGUUCCUGCGAGAUUUCGUGUAAGCAUCCCAGAGCCAGUGUUCUGGGCUGGCCUUCAUCCCCAAGUUAAGACAGAGAGCUUAAAAGCUCUUUUUUUCCUGCUGGAUCCAUGUGGUUUACCCGGCACAAAAGGAGCUUUUAAGCUCUCUGCCUUACUUGCACACACCUGCUAGCUGCAGACGUGACUCCAGGGGUUUGGGCAUAUAUGAUUUCCGUGCAUACGCAGAACCCUUGGAACCAACCCCCCACGUAAGAUGUACAAUAUUUAUUAGUCUUCCGUGGAAUAAAAUAGCAGAAAGGUAUGUGCACUGCCAGAGAGCUGGAAUUGGCCAUGACUUCGGCUUCGUGACCCAAGCAGUAGCAAACAUAUUUCGGGGGGGUGGGGAGCCCCAUAUUCUGUGCUGAGCGGCGUUCCCCAUAACCUGAACUUUGAGCCAAGAGCUUUAGAAGGUGACGCUCGGCUUCUCCAUUCUUCUGGAGAAGUUGUGCCACUCUCUAAGGGGAAGGAGGCUGGUGUUCAGAGGAUGGCGGUCUUGGAAUUACGUGUUUUCAUUAAACGGGUCUGGGUUGUCCCCUAUCUCAAAUUGUCCCAAGACCUUCUGCGGGAGCGGGAGAAGCAAAACGAUUUAAGUUUCUUAGCACGAUGCCUUUUUUAAAAAAGCACGCGAACAAAUAUUUUUGAGAGGUUUUGUAUUCACAGCCAUACAGCAUCGCCAUAUUUUGAUACACUUGUCUUUUUUCUAACUGGAGCCUUUCUUAAAUAUAUAUAUGUACCUGUAUAUAUAUAUAUUAUUUUAUAAAGCUGAAAGCAAGGAUAUUUUUCUAAA